UCAAAUUCGCGCUUUUAUCGAGAGGCGGUGAGGGUAGGUGUGUAACACACCGCCUUUUGAGGUCAUCAUAUCAUCAAGGCGGGGUCAAAUUCAGCAGUCCUGAAUAAUUUUGAGAAGUGCUUGGAAGAUAGGCACGGAAUUUGCUAGAUAUUAUUGGAAAUUGUAACUGUAUUUGCAAUUGAAUAUCGACAAUGGCUGAUAAAAUUGAAGAGCAAGAAGGAGUACACUUAUUUGUCAGGGCUGGUAUCAAUGGAAGGGACCUCGGAGACUGUCCUUUAUGUCAGCGCAUUCACAUGAUACUGGUGUUGAAGAAAGUUGAAUAUUAUGUGCACACCGUAGACACAAAGAAAAAAACACCAGAAUACCGAAACAUUUCAGGUGGCAAGCCGCCUCCGAUGAUUUGCGAUGUCUAUGGUGGAAAUGUUGUCACCAAGCAAGAUGUUGCGAAAAUUGCCGACUAUCUUGAGCAGACAAUCCGUGAGCCAAGUCUGGCGUGCGAGAAUGAAGGUGCCAACAAGGCUGGCAUUGACUUGUUUAGGGUGUUCGCAGGGUACAUGAAGAACCAAGAUAAAACCAAGGAUGAAGCACUGAAGGCAAAGUUGACCGAGGAACUGCGAAGCCUGGACAAGUUUUUAAAGAGUGAAGCAUCACCGGGGUGCUACCUGGACGGUGAUAUCAUGAAGCAACCAGACUGUAACCUCCUUCCAAAGUUGCACCAUGUUAAAGUUGCUGGUCAGAUACUAAAGAGUUUUGAUAUUCCCACGGAAUUUGAUGCUGUACAUGAAUACUUAAACACCUGGUAUGCAACGGAGGUGUACGAAAAGACACAGUACCCAGACGCGGAGGUGGAAUACGGCUGGAAACAUACAAGAUUAGUUCAUUAGAGGGACAUUGUUUAUUAAACAUCAUCAUUCACUAUUAACAAGAUGCCUUUAGAACAUCAUCAUCUUUGUCAUCACGCAUUCGGACAUUGUAUGGCUGCUUUUCAUAUAGUCAGGAGUCAGUGUUGUAUCACUAUGAGAAAAAUAUACUAUUAGAGGUUUAUUUCUUGACUUGUUAUUUUGCCCUAGUAUCAUCGUUCUGACAUCUUUGCUGAUAAUAAUUGUGAGGCUAUUGUUCGGAUUCUGCCGCUCAUUUAAAUAGAUGAGCAACGUCUACAAUAGCAAGCUCCUAUGAAUGUAAGAAGAUUUUAGAAUAAAUUUGAUCAUUUUACAUACUUUAUCAUUUUUAUUAUAAUUUUUGAAUGGAAUUCAGGACGUUGGUUUUUUUCACCCUUGAGCGAGCUUUUUAAUCGUUCUGGUGGUUUUUUUCUGAUAUGAUGAGGCUCGAUAAAUUGGAACUCUUGACCCUCCCCCAUUUUAAUAAUAUGAAUAGUUUAUUUGUAAUUUUCUAUUUUGCAGGUUUAAAUCAAAACAGAAUUUUAGUUUAAGGUAAUGAUCUUUUGUCAUUAGAAUUAUAUAAUUUUGGAAAUGCAAUUUUUUUUUUUUGACAAAGUAAUGGAACUGUAUUUAAUUUACUUAUAAUUGAAAUGUAAAAAUAAACAAAUUAAGAAAAAAAACAUUUGUGACAUUUUAUAGAUGCACAAUUACUUGUUAGAUCAACUCUUCUUUUAUAUAUAUAUAUAAAAAAAACCUUUAAAAGCAAUGUUUGCAUAAUCACUGUCAUUUAAUAAACUAAAACUAAACUGAAGCUCCGUUCACACUAUUAAAUUGUAUGUGACAAAUAAAUGUGAUAUGCCCAUAUUUGGGUGUAAUAUGCCAAUAUUUGGGUGUAAUAUGACAUAUCGUGCCCCCAUAUAAGUAUAGUAUAGACAAAUCACACACAUUUGUCACACAAAAUUUGAUGUGUGGACAGCGCUUUAGGAUUAGUAGUUUAGAAGUUGGAUCUGAUAGAGAGAAUUGGAUGCACUUUAGACACCAUGUUUUACCUUGGACAAUUAGUACCGUGGGUGAUUAACUAAACAAAUGGUAGAAUUGGUAUCGUGGUCGUUUCGUACCAGAGGUGAUUUGUACCAUAGACAUUUCUUACGAACCGAAUGAUUUACAGUAUACUAAAAACAAAUUUUAUACAAUGGAUGAUUUGUUGGAUCGCUUCUUUCCUAACUACCAACCAUGGCAUCUAGCAUCUAUUGUAUAAAUUGUUCAACAGCAAAAUUGAAAGAUUUUUUUUUUUAUGUGAUAAGGGAAAAUAAAAUGGUGGAAUGGCAAUCAUUGAUAUGGGAGGAUAUGUUUGGUGAUCUUUAAAAGGCCGAAUUUGAAUCGUUAAGCUAAGUUUUUGAUAUUGUGGUGUUAUGGUGCUUCUCAAUUUUUACACAUGUGAAUUGAAUUGCGUAGCUAACUGUAGAUAUACUGUAUUAUAUGAUACAAUGUUCAUCUGAGUAGAACCUAAUUUGGACAAUUUAAAUCACAGUCUUGUAUGAUUAUGCUCAGGCCCGUAACCAAAGGUUCCAAUAGUAAGCCAAAUACCUUUUUAAGCAAAGUUCCUCUAUAAAUACUAAACCACCCCUUCCAACCUAUUAAAAUAGUAGAGGAAUUUAUACUGUGCCUUUUGCGUAGUGACAAAGACCCUGGUGAUGUUGAUUUUAACAUACACAGACUAAUACACUCUGUGCAACUACUUCUUACCAGAUACUCUUGGCUGAAGUCCAACAUAGGUAAAGUGCCUUUACCUAUGUUGUUGUAGGGCGAAAUACACAUCAAAAUUCUAAACGCCCAAACUCAAUAGUGACUAAAGUACAGCAAUUUCACCAAGAACUCUUAACCUGAACGCCACCGGUGCACCUUCAGUUCUUAUGGGAACAUCUCCCGUUAGGGAAUCCUGGUUACGGGCCUGCAGUGACAACAGUAGUAGCAUUUCUUCAUGAAAUACCUGUGAUAAUUAUAUUUUUGGUAAAUUGGGUUUAUCAUGGUGAUAGGGAAAACUAGUGCUCCUUUAAUUUGUAGGUUUAUUCCGGUUGGAGGAAGAAACCCAUGUGACUGCUAUAAUAACCAGUGAUUGGUUAAAAUAUGAAAGGUAGCUGACAAGACAUGUUUUGGGUAUCCGCAAUCAUAAUUUUUUUUAUAAUCUUUAUUAAUCAAAGCCCAGUGAUCUACAGUAGUGUAGUGUUAUGUUUUUCUAAAGUGAUCAGGUUUUUUUUUCCCAAUCAGAAAAGUAGUUGCAAGAAAUCUUAUUCAUGAUGUCCCAUUUAAAAAAUAGUGCCGUAGUCUGCAUUUUAAAAGUUAUAUAUUAGUAAUAUAUAUACUGACCUCAUUUUCUUUCCGUUUUCAAUUGUAAAUGUACCACGGAAACUGUAACAUACACAAAUGGUUCAUAGAGAAUUAACUUGGGGAAAAAGGACCCUUUAUUUCUGGUAAAAACACAUCACCUUUUUUAUAAUAGAAAACUGAUGUCUCUCUAGCAGUAGUAAUGUUUGUUUAUAUGUACUGUAUUGUAUUUUACCAUACUGUAUAAUUUUAACCAUUAAAAUUGUGUUUAAUUUGCAUGGCUGAUGCUUUUGGCAUUUAAGUCCAGAGAUAGACAGAUUAUUACCUUAACUGUAUAAGCAAGCAUAUAAUGUAAAUCAAAAUAUUAAAUUGUCCUCAAAAAGAA